UGUGCUUCUCCUCUUUCUGCACCAUAACAACUCACUUCUCUCACUCUUUUUACUCUCUCUCUCUCUCUCUCUCUCUUAAACAGGACAAAAAAAAUCUGAUUCCAAACAUCUUAACAAAAACCUUCUCAGUUCACACACCCACACUCACUUCACAUAACACACCGUUUUCGUUUUCAUUUUCACUUUUCACUGCUAUCAACCCAUUCUCUCUUUCUCUCUCUAUUGUCUGGAGAGAGAAUUUCGCUAUGAAAUCCAAAGCCGGAGGAAAUGGCCUCACCAGUGAGGCCGGCGGCGGUGGAGGAGGAAGCAGCAGCUCUCCUAGCCCGCCGCCGUCUCCGAGGCGGCAAUCCGGUGUUACGCGGUGCCGGAGGAGGCUGAGACCGGCGAAGGACUCGUCGGAGAGUCGGAGGCUGGUCGCCGUCAUCAUGACGCGGCGGAGCCUCCGAUACUUCUUCCUGCUACCGCUGGUGUACAUCUCCGGGUUGUUAAUGUGUGUGGGGCCCUUCUCCGCCCUCAUUGGCCACACACCUCUUCCUGGUUCUCGGUACCGCAGUCACGAGAUCUUCCACAACCUCUGGCACCAUAUCGAAACCGAUAAUUCCUCUGUCAUCGAGUUGGCUUCUGUGUGGAAGUACAAAAGGAAGUUGAGAGAGCAAAAGCCUUGUCCGAAUUUGACAGCUUUGCAUCGCGAACAUUUUUUGUCGCCUGGACUGAAUGGUUUUUUGAUUGUGGAAGCCAACGGGGGUCUUAACCAACAACGCUCUGCGAUUUGUAAUGCUGUGGCUGUGGCUGGACUCCUGAAUGCAAUAUUAGUUAUACCUCAAUUUGAGUUUCACAAUGUGUGGAAAGAUCCAAGUGAAUUUGGGGAUAUAUAUGAUGAAGAUCAUUUUAUAUCCACACUUGAUGGUUAUGUGAAGGUGGUCAAAGAACUGCCCGAGGCACUAAUGGAGCGGCAUAAUUACAAUAUGAGUAAUAUCACUAACAUCAGAGUUCAAGCUUGGUCUCCUGUCAGUUAUUACCUUGGAGUUGUUUCUCCUAUCUUGCAAAAGGAAGGGGUAAUUCGAAUAGCUCCAUUUGCCAAUCGUUUGGCGAUGAGUGUUCCACCACACAUUCAAUUUCUAAGAUGUCUUACUAAUUAUAAAGCAUUGAGGUUUUCUUCUUCAAUAUCUGCACUAGCAAACAAAUUAGUUUACCGAAUGAUUCAGAAGAGCUCAAGGACAGAUGGAAAAUACAUUGCCGUGCAUCUUCGUUUUGAAGAGGAUAUGGUGGCAUUCUCUUGUUGUGUAUAUGAUGGAGGAGAGGCAGAAAAGUUGGAAAUGGAUUCAGUUCGAGAAAAAGGGUGGAGGGGCAAAUUUAAAAGAAAGGACCGGAUAAUUUUGCCUGACCUUAAUCGGGUUGAAGGAAAAUGCCCACUAACCCCACUAGAGGUUGGUAUGAUGCUGCGUGGCAUGGGAUUUGAUAACAAUACUUCAAUAUAUUUAGCUUCUGGGAAAAUAUAUCGUGCAGAGAGAUAUUUGACUCCUUUGAUGAAGAUGUUUCCCUAUCUGUAUACAAAGGAAUCUCUUGCAACAUCAGAUGAGCUUGCUCCUUUUAUGGGCUAUUCCUCCCAAUUAGCUGCACUGGACUACACAGUAUGCUUGUCUAGUGAGGUUUUUGUAACAACUCAGGGUGGUAACUUCCCUCAUUUUUUGAUGGGCCAUAGAAGAUUCCUCUAUGAUGGCCAUGCUAAGACGAUUAUCCCAGAUAAGCGCAAGCUUGUUGUUCUUUUGGAUAACUUGAGUAUUAGUUGGAGAGGUUUCAAGGAUCAGAUGGAAGACAUGCUGAGUGAAAGUGACCGCAAAGGAAUAAUGGUACCUAGAGUUAGAAAAAUAAACAGAAAAACUUCUGUCUACACGUACCCCUUACCAGAAUGCAGGUGCCUACAGCAGUCUCUUGCCAAUCAAAUUGACCACAAUCUUGACGCUCUGUAUAAUUACAACAGAACAAAAGCUUAAAUGGAACACAUGUAUCAUUUGUUCCAUCAUCACUGCUCGGCAAUCAGAUUUAUAUCAUUACCAAUUCCAAGGCAUUGGUGCUUCAACCUUCAAUUCUGCAGCCUUUUGAAGACAAGGUGUGGCUUCUACAACCCUGAAGAUUUUGUUUGCAUGUUGCUUAUUUUACACACUGGACAGUUCAGAGCUCCAAUUUAAAGGUCGGAACACACUGUACCAACGUGUUCUACUAAUAGAUAUAGCAUAACUAAUAGAGACAGUUUUUUCCCCCUAAUCAAUGUCUUUUGUGCUGACAUCUUCAUUUUUUGUUUCUUGUGUAAAAUUCUUAGGCUUGAAGAAAGAUUGUAAUCUGUCAAGUGAGCAUAUUUUUAUUUUGACCCAUAGUUAGAGGGAGAGAUCCUUAUAGUCCCGUUGACAAGUGGCUUUGUUUUCCUCCAUUCCUCAUUUUCUAAAUGUAAUUUAAUGUCUUUUGUA